AUCAUAUAUUCCACAAACCUAAUCCCACGGCCACGUGCAUUAUUUUGUUCCCCCUAAUAAUCCAAUCCAUAAGCUAGCACUAAAACUUGUCAUAUUUUUAAGGUCCUGUUAGAAGUUAGAACAUCUUGUUUAUGUGAUUCUCUUUAAGUCCAACCUCAUACAAAACACAAAUGGUGAGCAGCAUAACAACAUUACUUCUUUGUUUCUGUCUUACAUCCCACAUGAUAACUGUCACAUCAACAGACAGUUUAGCAAUGAGUCAAUCUAUUCGAGAUGGCGAAACGUUAAUCUCGGCCGGCCGAAAUUUUGAACUGGGUUUCUUUAGCCCCGGAACUUCAACAAGUCGAUAUUUGGGUGUGUGGUACAGAGCUUCAUCAGGGAAUGCAACAAUUGUGUGGGUGGCAAACAGAGAAAACCCCCUUCACAACAAGUUAGGAGCUUUAAGGUUAAACAACAAGGGGAUUCUUGAGCUUCUUAGUAACACAAAUAAAACCAUUUGGUCAUCCAACAUCAUAGCAAGCAAAACCAAAGCCAUGAGUAGCUCAAUUGUACAACUCUUGGAUACAGGAAAUCUUGUAGUGAAAAAUGGACAAGAUACUAAUAAUGAGGACAAUCCUUUGUGGCAAAGUUUUGAUUAUCCCGGCGACACAUUGAUGCCAGGAAUGAAGGUUGGAUUGAACUUUGUUACUGGGAAGAAUGCAUCUCAAUCAUGCUGGAAAAGCGACGAGGAUCCUGCUGUGGGAGAAUAUUCUCUAAAAUUUGAUCCUAGAGGAUAUCCACAAUUGAUGCAGAUGAAAAGAUCUGCAAUAAGUAUCAGACGAGGGUCAUGGAAUGGCCGUUAUUUUACUGGAUCUCCAGCUGAGGACAUGCAUGAAUUUAAAACUGAUUUUGUGUUCAACAAAGAAGAGGUCUAUUAUGAGUUUGAAAUUCUUGAUAGAUCAAUCUUCUCUGUAUUCAAAAUGGACCCUUCUGGGAAUACACAAAUUAUGGUUUGGGAAAUUCAAACAAGAACUCCAGUGGAAGUUUCCAUGAUCAAUGGACCAAAUGCAUGUAAAAGUUAUGCAUUUUGUGGUCAAAAUUCUUGGUGCUUUAUGGAUGGCAAUUUCGCUGUAUGCCAAUGCAUGAAAGGUUAUACUCCCAAGUUUCCUGAACAAUGGAAUACAUCACAGUGGUCUGGUGGUUGUGUUAGAAAGACUCCAUUGAAGUGUAAUGAUACAAAUGGAUUCUUCAGGUAUGAGUACAUGAAAAUGCCGGACACAUCUUCUUCAUGGUUUAGCGAGACCAUGAACCUCGAGGAAUGUGGAAACUCAUGCCUGGAAAAUUGUUCAUGUGUUGCAUAUGCAAGUUUGGAUAUCCGAAAUGGAGGAACUGGUUGUCUACUUUGGUUUGAUUAUCUUGUUGAUGUGAUGCAAUUUUUUAAGGCCGGUCAAGAUCUUUAUAUUAAAGUCCCUGCAUCAGAAUUAGAUAUUGACCAUGGACACAACAAGAAAAUUAAAGUGGGAAUUGCAGCUGGUGUCAUUGUCUUCGGAUUAAUCACAAUUGUCAGCAUAAUGAUAAUUACAAAACCAGGGGCAACAAGGAUUUUAUGCAGAAGGUGGCAACGACGAGAAAACAUUGAUCUACCAACAUUUGAUUUCUCCAUCCUAGCUAAAGCUACAGAAAACUUUUCAAGUUGCAACAAACUUGGAGAGGGUGGUUUUGGACCAGUAUACAAGGGCACGUUGUCAGAUGGUCAACAUUUAGCUGUGAAAAGGCUUUCAAAAAAGUCUACACAAGGAUUGGAGGAGUUUAAAAAUGAAGUGGUAUUGAUAGCCAAACUUCAACAUCGCAAUCUUGUGAAACUUCUUGGUUGUUGCAUUCAAGGAGCAGAAAAAAUAUUAAUCUAUGAAUACAUGCCUAACAAAAGCUUGGACUACUUUGUUUUUGAUGAAAUAAGGAGGAAGCUACUCAAUUGGAAUAAGCGUUUCGAUAUUAUUAGUGGCAUUGCUCGUGGACUUCUUUAUCUUCAUCAAGAUUCUAGACUAAGGAUUAUUCACAGAGAUCUAAAAACCAGCAAUAUUUUAUUAGAUGCAAAUAUGAAUCCAAAAAUAUCAGACUUUGGUCUAGCAAGAACAUUCUUAGGAGACCAAGCAGAGGAUAAGACAGACAGAGUAGUUGGAACAUAUGGCUAUAUGCCUCCGGAGUAUGUAGUGCACGGACAAUACUCAAUGAAAUCAGAUGUUUUUAGCUAUGGUGCAAUUGUAUUAGAGUUGAUAAGUGGGAAGAAAAAUAGACAGUUCUCGGAUCCAGAACACAACCUUAAUCUUCUUGGGCAUGCUUGGAGAUUAUGGUCUAAUGAGAGGCCAUUGGAACUAUUAGAUGAAGUAUUAAAGGAAGGAUGCACCCGUUCUGAAGUCAUACGAUGCAUACAAGUGGGUCUGUUAUGUGUGCAGCAAAGACCAGCAGAUAGACCAGACAUGUCAUCAGUGGUUCUAAUGCUAAAUGGUGAGAAGUUGUUGCCGAAGCCAAAAGUUCCCGGGUUUUAUAAUGACAGAAGUGUCACACUUGAAACAGAUUCUUUGUUGAAGAAUUACACAUCAUUUUCAACCAAUGAAAUUUCCAACACAAUGUCAGAUUGUUUGCUAAAACUCAUCUUCCGUGGUCACCGUUUAGAAGUUCUACAAAUGAUUGAAAACUUAAGGAUGUUGUUUAUUUCAUUACUUCUCAUGUCCUGCAUGAGAACAAUCACUUCAAGAGACAGUUUAGAAGUAGGUCAAUCUAUCCAAGAUGGUGAGACUUUGGUUUCUGCUGGUGGAAGCUUUGAGUUGGGUUUCUUUAGUCCUGGCAUUCCAACAAAUAGAUACUUAGGUGUGUGGUACAGAGAUGCAUCAGGGAAUUCAACAAUUGUGUGGGUGGCAAACAGAGAGAUACCAAUUCAAAGUAACUCAUCAGGUGUUUUGAGACUAAGCAAGAAGGGGAUUCUACAGCUUCUGAAUGGCACUAACAGCACCAUUUGGUCUUCCAACACCUCAGGCAACACUUUGGGGAACUCAAUUGCACAACUAUUGGAUUCGGGAAAUCUUGUAGUGAAAAAUGGACAAAGUACAGAGGAGAAAAACUUUUUAUGGCAAAGUUUUGAUUAUCCAUGUGAUACACUGAUGCCAGGAAUGAAGCUUGGAUUGAACUUAGUUACUGGUUUUGACAUAUCUAUGUCAACUUGGAAAAGUGCAGAGGAUCCUGCUGUAGGAGAAUAUUCUAUAAAGUUUGAUCCUAGAGGAUAUCCACAAGUAAUGCAAUGGAAAGGAUCUGUUAAAUAUUUCCGAAUAGGGACAUUUAAUGGCCUUUAUUUCACUGGAUAUCCAACCCAGGAAGAUGAAUAUAGACAGGAUUUUGUAUUGGACAAAACCGAGGUGUAUUAUAAAUUUGAAAUACUUGAUAGAUCAAUUUUCUACCUGUAUAAACUACAACCUUCAGGUACUUCAAUAGGUACUAUUUGGAGAAGUCAAACAAGAACUGAGUUGGAACAUGCCACAAUUAAUGGAUACAACGGGUGUGGAAGUUAUGCCUUUUGCGGUUCAAAUGCUAUAUGCAAGGUUGAUGCUAACCUUGCAUCAUGUGAAUGCCUAAAAGGAUAUAUUCCCAAGUUUCCCCGACAAUGGAAUAUGUCAAAUUGGUCUGAUGGUUGUGUUAGGAAGACUUCACUGGAUUGUAAUGACACUAAUAGCUUCUUAUGGUACACAGACAUAAAAGUGCCAGACACUUCAUCCUCAUGGUAUAACAAGACCAUGGAUCUGAAGGAAUGUGAAAAAAUUUGCCUGAAAAACUGUUCUUGUGUUGCUUACGCAAAUUUGGAUAUCCGUAAUGAACAUGGAAAUUUGAAGAAAAAGAAGGUAGGAAUAGCAAUUGGUGCGACUAUUUUCGGAUUAAUCACAUCUGUUACCAUAGUGAUAAUGAAAAAAUCAGGAGUUGCAAAAAUGAUCCAAAGAAAUAGGCAAAGACAGAAGGUCACUGAGUUACCAACGUUUGAUUUCUCAGUCUUAGUUAAAGCAACAGAGAACUUUUCAAGUAGUAACAAACUUGGAGAAGGUGGUUUUGGAUCAGUAUACAAGGGAACACUAACAAAUGGCCAAGAGUUAGCUGUGAAAAGGCUUUCAAAAAAGUCUAAACAAGGUUUAGAAGAGUUUAAAAAUGAAGUGGCGUUGAUAGCCAAACUUCAACAUCAUGAAAUCAGAAAGAAGAUGCUAAAUUGGCUUAAGCGUUUCAACAUUAUCUGUGGCAUUGCUCGGGGACUUCUUUAUCUUCAUCAGGAUUCUAGACUGAGAAUUAUUCAUAGAGACCUAAAAACUAGCAAUAUUCUGUUAGAUGCAAAUUUGAAUCCUAAAAUAUCAGACUUUGGCCUAGCUCGGACAUUCUUAGGCGAUCAGCUCGAGGCUAACACGAACAGAGUAGCGGGAACAUAUGGUUAUAUGCCUCCCGAAUAUGCAGUACGUGGACAAUAUUCAAUGAAGUCCGAUGUGUUUAGCUAUGGUGUCAUACUACUAGAGUUGAUAAGUGGGAAGAAGAAUAGGGAAUUUUCAGAUCCAGAAAACUACCUUAACCUUCUUGGACAUGCAUGGAGAUUAUGGACUGAUGAAAAGCCAUUGGAACUGCUAGAUGAAGUGUUAAAGGAAGGAUGCACACCACUUGAAGUAAAAAGAUGCAUUCAAGUGGGCCUGUUAUGUGUGCAACAAAGACCAGAAGAUAGGCCAGACAUGUCUUCAGUGGUUCUAAUGUUGAAUGGUGAGAAAUUACUGCCCAAGCCAAAGGUUCCUGGUUUUUAUACUGAAAGAGGUGUUACACCUGAAGCAGAUUCUUUGAUGGAAAAUUACACAUUUGGAAGACUUUCAACCUCCUAUGUAUGUGCUCAUGCUGCUGAAGGACAAUCAUACAAUGCAUAUGUAGUUUUUGCUAAAACUCACCGUUUAGAAGUUCUACAAAUGAUUGAAAACUUAAGGAUGCUGUUUAUUUCAUUACUUCUCAUGUCCUGCAUGAGAACAAUCACUUCAAGAGACAGUUUAGAAGUAGGUCAAUCUAUCCAAGAUGGUGAGACUUUGGUUUCUGCUGGUGGAAGCUUUGAGUUGGGUUUCUUUAGUCCUGGCAUUCCAACAAAUAGAUACUUAGGUGUGUGGUACAGAGAUGCAUCAGGGAAUUCAACAGUUGUGUGGGUGGCAAACAGAGAGAUACCAAUUCAUAGUAACUCAUCAGGUGUUUUGACACUAAGCAAGAAGGGGAAUCUACAGUUUCUGAAUGGCACUAACAGCACCAUUUGGUCUUCCAACACCUCAGGCAACACUUUGGGGAGCUUAAUUGCACAACUCUUGGAUUCGGGAAAUCUUGUAGUGAAAAAUGGACAAAGUACAGAGGAGAAAAACUUUUUAUGGCAAAGUUUUGAUUAUCCAUGUGAUACACUGAUGCCAGGAAUGAAGCUUGGAUUGAACUUAGUUACUGGUUUUGACAUAUCUAUGUCAUCCUGGAAAAGUGCAGAGGAUCCUGCUGUAGGAGAAUAUUCUAUAAAGUUUGAUCCUAGAGGAUAUCCACAAUUAAUACAAUGGAAAGGAUCUGUUAAAUAUUUCCGAACAGGGACAUUUAAUGGCCUUUAUUUCACUGGAUAUCCAACCCAGGAAGAUGAAUAUAGACAGGAUUUUAUAUUGGACAAAACUGAGGUGUCUUGGAAGUUUGAAAUACUUGAUAGAUCAAUUUUCUACCUGUAUAAACUACAACCUUCAGGUACUUCAAUAGGUACUAUUUGGAAAAAUCAAACAAGAACUGAGUUGGAACUUGCCACAAUUGAUGGAUACAAUGGGUGUGGAAGUUAUGCCUUUUGCGGUUCAAAUGCUAUAUGCAAGGUUGAUGCUAACCUUGCAUCAUGUGAAUGCCUAAAAGGAUAUGUUCCCAAGUUCCCCCAACAAUGGAAUAUGUCAAAUUGGUCUGAUGGUUGUGUUAGGAAGACUUCACUGGAUUGUAAUAACACUAAUAGCUUCUUAAGGUACACAGAUAUAAAAGUGCCAGACACUUCAUCCUCAUGGUAUAACAAGACCAUGAAUCUCAAGGAAUGUGAAAAUAUUUGCCUAAAAAACUGUUCUUGUGUUGCUUAUGCAAAUUUGGAUAUCCGUAAUGGAGGAAGUGGUUGUCUACUUUGGUUUAAUCAUCUUAUUGACAUGGUACAAUUCUCAAGAGCUGGUCAAGAUAUUUAUAUCAAAGUCCCUACUUCGGAAUUAGGUAAUGACCAUGGAUAUUUGAAGAAAAAGAAGGUAGGAAUUGCAAUUGGUGCGACUCUUUUCGGAUUAAUCACAUCUGUUAGCAUAGUGAUAAUAAAAAAUUCAGGAGUUGCAAGAAUAAUUCAAAGAAACAGACAAGGACAGAAGGUCACUGAGCUACCAAUAUUUGAUUUCUCAGUCUUAGUUAAGGCAACAGAGAACUUUUCAAGUAGUAACAAACUUGGAGAAGGUGGUUUUGGAUCAGUAUACAAGGGCACACUAACAAAUGGCCAAGAGUUAGCUGUGAAAAGGCUUUCAAAAAAGUCUAAACAAGGUUUAGAAGAGUUUAAAAAUGAAGUGGCAUUGAUAGCCAAACUUCAACAUCGUAAUCUUGUAAAGCUUCUUGGCUGUUGCAUUCAAGGAGUAGAAAAAAUAUUGAUUUAUGAAUACAUGCCAAACAAAAGCUUAGACUACUUUGUUUUUGAUGAAAUCAGAAAGAAGAUGCUAGAUUGGCUUAAGCGUUUCAACAUUAUCAGUGGCAUUGCUCGGGGACUUCUUUAUCUUCAUCAAGAUUCUAGACUGAGGAUUAUUCAUAGAGACCUAAAAACUAGCAAUAUUCUGUUAGAUGCAAAUUUGAAUCCUAAAAUAUCAGACUUUGGCCUAGCUCGAACAUUCUUAGGCGAUCAGCUUGAGGCUAACACGAACAGGGUAGCUGGAACAUAUGGUUAUAUGCCUCCCGAGUAUGCAGUACAUGGACAAUAUUCAAUGAAGUCUGAUGUUUUUAGCUAUGGUGUCAUACUACUAGAGUUGAUAAGUGGGAAGAAGAAUAGAGAAUUUUCAGAUCCAGAAAACUACCUUAACCUUCUUGGACAUGCAUGGAGAUUAUGGACUGAUGAGAAGCCAUUGGAACUGCUAGAUGAAGUGUUAAAGGAAGGAUGCACACCACUUGAAGUAAAAAGAUGCAUUCAAGUGGGCCUGUUAUGUGUGCAACAAAGACCAGAAGAUAGACCAGACAUGUCAUCAGUGGUUCUAAUGUUGAAUGGUGAGAAAUUACUGCCCAAGCCAAAGGUUCCUGGUUUUUAUACUGAAAGAGGUGUUACAAUUGAAGCAGAUUCUUUGAUGCAAAAUCACACAUUGUUUUCAGCCAAUGAAAUCUCCAUCACAACAUUAUAUGCAAGAUAG